CGGCCACGCAAUCUUGGGCACGAGGCACAAACUUCCUGCACGAUACUUUCAAUUUCUGUCAAAAUGCCUCGAUUAUCUUAACUCCUGUCGAUCGAUUCCUCUAAUGCAUUACUAUCUACAUGUGCAGGCGGUGGUGUGCUUCGAAAUUCGAUACAAUCCCCCAGACGGAAGUUGCAGCUCGUACGCGGCCUCGGAAAUAAUGGAGGACGAACAGCAAAUGUUGAUCGACAUCGAGCAAAAUAUCGCGAACCUUGAAAAAAGCCUCGAGCAGGCCAAUUCUACCGGUGGAAAAAAAGUAGGAUCCUGGCAUACUCCGGAAAAAACAUCGAAAAAAGGCAUCUUACAAAAAGGCACUUCUCUGUCAGCCAGCGAAAAGUCACCCGACACCCGAAAGCGAAGCACCACUCUGAGGAGCAUGCGAUCUUUGUUGAAAUUGGGAAAGCAGAGACCGCCACGUACUCGAUCCUGCGACAGCAGUUCGGAAACGAGAGAGCUCCUCGACAGGCAGGACUCCAGCUGCCCAACUUCCAACGAACCCUCCCGAACGAACUCGAUGACAUCUCUUGAAACAAAUGCGUCCGAUAACGACAGCCAGUUAAAUGCCAACCCUGAACAAGAGGAAACAGUUGUAAAACAGAACAAGAAAUCAAAACCAAAGGCGGGCGAUACCGGGCAAAGUGCGUUAAAAGCUCAGGAUUACCAAGUGUGCGUUACGAUUAUCGAGGCAAGGCAACUUGCCGGUCUCAAUAUGGAUCCGGUGGUUUGCGUGCAAGUCGGCGAUCAGCGCAAAUACACGAGCGUCAAGGAAUCCACGAAUUGCCCAUACUACAAUGAAUACUUUGUCUUCGAUUUUCACAUGCCGCCCGUGAUGCUUUUCGACAAAAUCAUUACGCUCUCGGUGCAGCAAUCGCGGAAUCUCUUGCGCGCUAAUCUAACGCUGGGCAUCUUUAAGUUAGACAUCGCGACGGUAUGGGCACAACCAGACCACCAAUUCUAUCACAAAUGGGCUUUGCUCACCGAUCCGGAUGACGUCGCCGGUGGACCAAAGGGUUAUCUAAAAUGCGAUAUAAGCGUCAUUGGUAAGGGCGAUACUGUGAAAAUCCCUCCGAAAAGCGAGAAGGACGAGGAUGACAUCGAGGGCAAUUUAUUGCUGCCGGAUGGUGUGCCAAUCGAGAGGCAACGCGCGAAAUUUGUAGUGAAGAUUUAUAGAGCUGACGGCUUACCGAAAAUGAACAGCAGUAUUAUGGCGAACGUAAAGAAGGCUUUCACAGGGGAAGUGAAGGACCUGGUGGAUCCAUAUGUACAUGUGUCCUUUGCUGGACUCAGCGGAAAAACCAGCGUAAAGAGGCACAGUUACGCUCCGGUAUGGAACGAGCAGAUAGUUUUCAGCGAAAUGUUUCCCCCUCUCUGUCAGAGGAUAAAAAUACAAUUAUGCGAUAACGAUCCGGUGCACGCCACCGUGAUUGGUACACAUUUUGUGGAUCUAAAACAGAUCAGUAAUGACGGGGAAAAAGGAUUUCUGCCGACCUUCGGUCCGGCGUUUAUCCAUCUUUACGGCAGCAUUAGAGAUUACAGUCUCAUAGAUGAACAUUCAACAUUAAACUCCGGUUUAGGCGAGGGAAUCUCAUAUAGAGCAAGGCUACUGAUAGCAAUACGCACCGAGAUCACCGACAACGUGGAAAUGGCACCGUCGGAAGUCGAGGUGGAGCCGACUGUACCGAUCAAUGAAACCGCCUAUGCGAGAAACGAGGAGUUUUUCCUGUUUGCCACGAUUAUGGAUGCGACGAUGAUUGACAAAAAGCUGGGCGACAAACCGAUGUACUUCGAAAUAUCGAUUGGCAACGCGGGCAACGCUCUCGACGGUCACAACGAGAGUUCCAAGAUGUACGAUGCGUCGAGGGGUGGAAUGAGCGGUGAAGAGGAAGAUCUGCAGGAAAUACUCGCUGGAUCCUGGCAGAGCACCACGCCGUCUAGCAAGCCAAUGACGCACGAUAAGAUUUAUUAUUUCCUACCGUACUGGGAUGACAAGCCGUCUCUUCACGUGAGAAGUAUAUGGCCGGAUUAUAGACGCAGGAUGUACAACAGCAAUAUCAUCGGCAAGAUCGUCGAUAAGCUGGAAGAAGGAUUAUCGGAGGUGCAAUUGCACUUAGAGGAUUCGACGUGUGAGAAACUUUUGAAGAGCACUCUGGAAGAACUGAGCGCGAACUGCAACCGAUACGUCAGCAUCAGCAAGUCCAGCGUGACCGGUCCGGGUGUCGGGAAGACGAAGCUGGACAAAGAGCGUACGAAAUUGUGCCAACGGGAGCUGGAAAAUAUCGGGAUCUUGUCGCGCAAUCUCAAAGCGCUCGUGACUAAAAGCAGCUUCAAGGAGAGAUUGAAGACAGCGCACAGCUAUCUGCAGAAAUUAAAGUUUCUCGUCGAGGAUCCGCAAGACUCGCUGCCAGACGUAUUCAUCUGGGUAAUCAGCUCCGGCAGACGAGUGGCGUAUCAAAGAAUACCCGGUCGCGAAUUAAUCUACUCGGUAGUCGACGAGGAGUGCGGCCGGCAUUGCGGCAAAGUGCAGACUAUGUUCCUUAAGCUUCCAGGUAAAAAAAGAUUCGGACCGUCGGGAUGGGCGAUUCAGACGAAACUACAGAUCUACAUGUGGUUGGGGAUACUGAAGCACAAAAAAUAUUUUAUCCAAGGUUUGCCGAAAGGUUACGAGGUCAGCCACGAGCUGAGGAAUGUAGACAGACCUCGUGGUCUGCCGCCCAUUAUGAUUCACUAUGUUCAGAAGCACAAAUUUCAAUUGAGAGCGCACAUGUAUCAAGCGAGAUCAUUGAUCGGCAGCGACGCGUCCGGCCUUUCCGAUCCAUUCGCGCGAGUGAUCUGUGGUGAAUUUUGUAAGUGUACUCAAGUAAUCGAUGAGACCCUCAGUCCAACGUGGGACGAGCUGCUACUGUUCGAUGACAUUCUGAUUUACGGUACCGCCGAGGAGAUCAAGAAGGACCCACCAUCCAUCGUCAUCGAGCUAUUCGAUCAAGAUAAAGUGAGUCAUAUUAUAGCUAUGGACGUAACACUGCAUGAGGGCUCUGCUUUAACAGGAAAAUCGGAAUAUAUCGGCCGUGCGAUCGCGCGACCGCACGUCAAGCUCGCCGCCGAGUCCUAUACUCCUCCGCAAUAUCCGCCGUCUUUGGAAUGGUAUGACGUUACUAGAGGCACCUCGCGGGCAGGCGAGCUUUUGGCGGUCUUCGAAUUAUUGGAAUAUCCUUCUACCAAAGACUAUGGCUUCCCAACUCUACCGGAUCCCAAGGAUUUUACCUCCGGAUCUCAGGCUCCUGGUUCCGGGCAGGAUCAAGGCCCGAUUCUUCCAGUGCCCGUGGGAAUCCGGCCUACUUUGUCGAAAUAUCGAAUUGAGGUGCUUUUCUGGGGCUUGCGGGACCUGAAAAGAAUCCACUUACUGACCGUGGACAAGCCUCGCGUGGAUGUUGAAUGCGCCGGUCACAUUCUCUAUUCAUCUGUCAUAGCAAACGCGAAGAAGAAUCCGAAUUUCAACACGCCAAUCAAGUUUCUAGAGCUAGAACUUCCCGAGCAAGAGCUUUAUCGACCGCCAUUGACUAUAAGAGCGGUAGAUUGUCGGAGCUUUGGCAGAUACACUCUCGUAGGCACUCAUACUAUCAAUUCGAUUCACAAAUACAUGUACUCCCCUUUGACCAAAAGGGCAAAGGACGCCCAAGAGAGGAAGAAGAGCUUAUAUCAGCUGCAAUGCACGGCUCUCGAUCAAUCUAAGUCGAAAUGUCAACAAAUAUCAUUGCCUGAACCGUUUACUGACAUGGAAUCUAACAAUGGUGAUACCACCAUCACUCUCGGGUUCGAUCUGGCAGGUCCUACGAAGAAGGACAAAACGGAGCAAAAUUUGCGCAGAAAACAGAGCUUGGUUAAAGACAGCAGCAUGGGCGAUUUAAGUGCGUUAGAGGACGGAGACGGCUGUCAAGACUGGUGGACAAAGUAUUUCGCGUCUGUGGAGACGAUGAUCGAAGAGAACAAGGAGUUGCGCAAGGAGAAAUCUAUAUUGCAAAAUCAGCCGAACGGAUCGCUACCGAUGUUCCUGGAACCCGUCGCACCCGUCGCACAAAAUCAACUGGCCGCUUCAGGCGAGAAGACCCCUGGGAAUAAUCCUACAAAGAAGUUAUUUGGCCUGAAAUCACCGGCGAACGCGGCGAAAUUCGUUUCGAAACUCAGCCCGAAGCAAACGCAGCGCAAGUCCAGGAAGACCGCGCUCUUAAAGAUCUAUCCUGGCGAACUGGAAGCGCAACCUGAGUUCGAACAGUUCAAGGAAUGGUUGCACACCUUCGAAUUGUAUCGCGGUAAAAAAACCGGCGAUGAGACCGAGGACGAAUCCAGAAUCGUGGGCAACUUUAAAGGCGCGCUGAAGGUUUACAAGUGGCCGUUGCCCAAGGACCUUGUAGACCACACAGUGAUGGGUUUUGACCCGCAGUACGGGUUUUUUCAAGGUGUCCCAUCGAACGAGCCUAUUCACGUUCUGGUACGAGUGUACAUUGUCAAGGCUAACGAUCUUCAUCCUUGCGACUUAAAUGGAAAAGCGGAUCCCUACGUGGUCCUGCAGCUGGGUGGCAAAAGAAUCAGCGACAAAGAAAACUAUGUGUCGAAACAACUGAAUCCUGUCUUUGGAAAGUGUUUCGAGAUUGAGGCAACGUUUCCGCAGGAUUCUCUACUUACUGUGCAAGUCAUAGAUUGGGAUUUAGUUGGAACGGACGAUAUGAUCGGCGAGACCAAGAUCGACCUGGAAAAUCGUUUCUACAGUAGACAUCGUGCUACGUGCGGGCUCGCAAAAAAAUACGACGAAUCUGGAUACAACAAAUGGAGAGACGCGAUGAAGCCAACUCAGAUACUUUUGAAGUUAUGCAAAGAUGGCAAAAUCGAUGGACCAGUAUAUUCACACGGACAUGUUACAAUCGGCAGAAAAACAUUCUCUCUCUCACCUGAGGAUAUGGAAUUUUAUGUACACACGAAAGGAAUGGAAGAACAUCUCGCUUUAGCAGUUCUCCACCAGUGGAAUGCCUUCCCACGGAUCGGUUGUACUUUGGUACCCGAGCACGUGGAAACUCGACCACUCUACAAUCCUGAAAAACCUGGAAUUGAACAGGGAAAAUUGGAAAUGUGGGUGGACAUGUUCCCAAUGGACAUGCCUUCGCCCGGACCAUGCAUCGAUAUUUCACCCAGAAAGCCCAAGAGUUACGAAUUGAGAGUUAUUAUAUGGAAUACGGACGACGUCGUUUUGGAAGACGAUGCUUUCUUCACCGGUGAAAAGAUGAGCGACAUUUAUGUAAAAGGAUGGCUAAAAGGACCAGAAGAUUGUCAAUCCACCGAUAUUCAUUACCGGUCGUUGACGGGCGAAGGAAACUUUAACUGGCGCAUCAUAUUUCCAUUCGAUUAUUUGGUAGCGGAAGAGAAGAUCGUUAUUAAUCGCAAAGAAAGUCUGUUUAGUUGGGACGAAACCGAGUGUAAAAUACCAGCACGUCUAGAAUUACAAGUCUGGGACGCGGACCAUUUCUCCGCGGACGAUUUUCUGGGCGCGAUAACCCUUGAUCUCAAUCGGUUUCCCCGAGGUGCGAAGAAUAGCAAGCUCUGCUCGCUAAGCAUGUUGAAGACCGAUGGCUCUGUGCCGAUGGUCAACAUCUUCAAACAGAAACGUAUAAAGGGCUGGUGGCCGUUUUAUGUGAAGAAAGAGAAUGAGGAUAUGGAACUGACGGGUAAGGUUGAGGCUGAGAUACAUUUGCUCACGAAAGAAGAGGCCGAAAAAAAUCCCGCUGGUUUUGGUAGAAACGAGCCAGAUCCAUUGGACAAGCCAAAUCGACCGGACGCAUCAUUCAUGUGGUUCCUCAAUCCGCUGAAGUCUAUCAAGUACAUAGUCUGGCACAAUUACAAAUGGGCUAUCCUGAAGGCUAUAGUCGCGAUUGGAUUGCUUGUACUUUUGCUUUUGUUCUUCUACGCGAUACCAGGUUACUCGGUGAAAAAAAUCUUGGGAGCUUAAAAGUGCCACUCGUUGCAAUAUACAUA